CCCAUGGCCUCUGUCCCUGAUGACCCAGUUAUUAUUUGAUUUAUGUGGACUUGCAGCUGCCCUUGCUUCGACCCCAGAAAAGGCUGUGUGGGAAGUUUGUGUCUCAGAGCUGUAGCAUUGCUCUGCUGAGUGUCUGGAGCCUAGUGUAUGCACAGAAACUGAUAAAUAGGGAAAAGGCCCAGUUUGCUCCAGCUGGACUGAGAGCUAGGAUCAGCGCUACAGCCCAGCAGACUCAACUCUGGAAGCAAGAAACUCUCUGGAACUACCGAUUUCACACGUGAAAACAGCCAGCAGAAUUAGCACCUCUGAAGUAACCAAGAAGGAGAAGCAGGGAACAGCAUGUGCCUUUGCGCAGAUGACAUCUUCUUUCAGGUUGCCUUCUUGAAAGUCUAUCACAGAGCAAACUGCAUGAAACGGUGCAAUUGGGAGCAGAACAUGGCAAAUACAUUUGUCACUGUACCUGAUGGGUAUUGUCUUCCUGAGCCCAUACAGUAUUACGAUGUUUUACCGGAGCACAUCAACUAUCAGCUGCAAGACACCGAUUACCAGACUGCGCCUUACUGCCAGUACUCGGCUGUUCAGAUCCCUCCUCCGGUGUUACAGCCACAGCCCUCCCAGCCCCAGUACAGCACGUACGGCCUGGACUCUCCCUACAGCGACGGGCAGUGCACCACCAGCAGCUGUGAAUUAAGCAAACCCUCCUUUGUGGCUCCCCACAAUGAUGAUGGUGGAUACCAAGGGUUAAAGCGGCCCAGAUUAAACCACUCUUCUCUGAGACUGAAGGGACAGGAGGAGCUGUGUGUUGUGUGUGGUGACAAGGCGUCAGGCUAUCACUACAACGCGCUUACCUGUGAAGGCUGUAAAGGCUUCUUCCGACGUAGCAUAACCAAAAAUGCAGUGUACCGAUGCAAGAAUGGUGGUCACUGUGAAAUGGACAUGUACAUGCGGAGGAAGUGUCAGGAAUGUCGCCUGAAGAAGUGUAAAGCUGUGGGAAUGCUAGCAGAAUGUUUGCUGACUGAAGUACAGUGCAAGUCAAAGCGACUCAGGAAGAAUUUCAAACAGAAGAGCAGUUUUCUUUGUGACAUAAAACUGGAAGAUGAGGGACUGAAUAGUAAGCAUGUAUCAUCUACAACAAGAUCUGGAAAAAUCCCAGAGAAGAUGGAACUUACUCCAGGGGAACAUCAGCUUCUUGACCACAUUGUAGCAGCACACCAAAAAUACACCAUUCCCCUUGAGGAAGCAAAGAAGUUUCUACAAGAAACUGUAAGUCCUGAGGAAAGUUUUCUCCGUCUCUCUGAGACAGCAGUUGUCCAUGUACAAGUGUUAGUGGAUUUCACAAAAAGACUGCCAGGAUUUGAAAGUUUAGCUAGCGAAGAUCAGAUCGCGCUGCUAAAAGGAUCAACAGUUGAGGCAAUGUUUUUGCAUUCAGCCCAAAUAUAUAACCAAAGAAUUAGUGAAUGCCAACCAUCAACAAGUGAAAGUCAUGUAAGACUUUCUGAUCAUAGGACAUGCUGUCAUGUUCAAAACCUUGAUAAAAACAUUUAUUCCAUGGAAAUGUCUCACAAUGAAGAGAGUCCAACUUCCACUACCACCACAGAAGCAUGGGGGAACUGAAAGUGACAGAGACCGAAUACGCCCUGCUUGUAGCAACAACCGUGUUUUUUUCAGACCGCCCGCUCCUGAGGAACAAGCGGCACGUCGAGGAGCUGCAGGAGCCGCUCCUGGGCAUCCUCUACAAGUACUCGAAGAUCCAUCACCCUGAGGACCCCCAGCACUUCGCCCGCCUUAUCGGGCGCCUCACG